CGAUCAGUACCAUAACCAACAAACAACCUUUUCAAUCACUCCGAUACCCGAACCACUUGGCGUCUUAACUGAUAGCAGAGUCGACCCAACUGUGACCUCCCUAUAUACGCGCUCACCUUAACCCCGGCAACGCCAAAUCUACCAACCCCAGAUUACCCCUCAAUACCAAAGCGGGACUCCCCUCCCUGCCCAAGAUGUCCAUCCCAAACGAAGCUCUGCAAAAGCUUCUGCGAGAAAUCGAAGCCCAAGCGAUCAGCUCCCAGCAACAAAUCGGCGUUACCAAGGCGCAGAUCACAACCAAGCAGAGAGACAUCCGCAUGUUGGAACUCACAUCGAAGGAGAUCAGUACUUUGCCUAAGGAUACAAGGGUGUAUGAGGGGGUAGGAAAGAUGUUUGUGGGAGUGCCCAUGAACACGAUCGAUAAGCGUUUGUCAAGCGAGAGCGGAGACCUGAAAUCAGAGAUCACCGGCUUGGAGAAGAAGCUCCAUUACCUAGAGAUGACGCAUAAGAAUAGCCGGGAGAAUCUGGAGCAGAUCCUGAAGUCCGGCGGGAAGGCGUGAGGGGCUGUCUUGUUGGCUGCUGGGAUAUGAAAGUAGGGCAAAUCAUACUGAUAAUCGAUGCCGUUAUGUUAGGCGUACCCCCCUUUUCUGGAAAUAGGGGAUGAUUGGAACGGCAUCCUCAGAUAGCUGCACGGAGAAUACUGGACUCCAGGACGAAGGUCCCGGGCGGUAGUCUCCGGACGCUGCAUUGCAUUCUGGUGGUCCUUUCGAAGUGUACCGGAAAGACCGGCUACCGGUGGCUAUGGUAUGUUUUGCUGCAUGCGCUGAGCACUCGGCGUUCUCCGGACCGGGACUUAGUGAUCUAUAGAUGUAUCUGACUAUGUAUCACUAGUCAUAGCAUAUGAAAUAUAGGGUUUCCUGCUUUACUCACAAGAAUGAGAUCUUGAAUCACAAUGGA